CUUCAGCACCGCGGGAUCCACUCGACAGCUCAGCACCACAACAUGUCCAACACAGUAGAGACCGACGCCCCUGCGGCUUCCGCGGUAAGCGCCAUCAAGGGCAUGAAGAAGAACGGCAAGCAAUGGCACGACAACAAGACCGCUUUCCGACCUCGAUCAAAUCAGACAACAUACGAAAAGCGCGCAGCGGCUGAUAGGGCACUUGCAGCUGUCAAGGCCAAGGAGAAGGAGAUGAAGGCGGAGAAGGCAGCCGACAAACAACUACGAGUCGAUGCCAUCAAGACAAAACGCGCGGCAAAGGAGGAGCGAGAACGGUUUGCGAAGAUGGAGGAGAAAAUGCACAAGAAGCGUGUCGAGCGCUUGAAGAGGAGAGAGAAGCGGAACAAGAUGUUGAAAUCUUGAGCACUGUUUCUGAAGGGACAUAAUUGCCCAGACUGAGAAGAUCCAGGCAAGAAAAUGCCGCUUCGAGAGGAAAGACACCCACAUGAACCGGGUGGUACCUGAUAUAGGUACUCACCAUACGAAGGGUAGCCUGGAUGCAGAGUGCUCAAGGCGCGGAGCUUCGAUGGAGUCGGCUGGUUUACACUGAUACUCGGAGCUUCAGAGAGACUUAAUCUCGAUGCAAAACUUAUACAUUCUUCGAAUGUACAAUACAAUCAGAGAUCAGAUAGUCAACUCUACAAGUAACAUAUUCUUUGCGAAACUUCGGCA